UAGUAGUGUUGGGGCAUCCAUAGAUAAUACAGUUAAUUCUGGGGGCAUCAUUGGCAUGUUGUUGUCAACUGUCAUUGUAGCAAACGUCAACGUUGCGAUAGCCAAACAUUGUAAAAUAAAUUCUAGAAAGUAUUAACUGAGCUUUGAAUAACUAUCAAUAUGUCUGAAGACCGAUCUAAAGUGAAAAAGCGAAAGAGCUCUGGAGAAAAUGGCACUGAUUCCGCCGAACCUGUAUCUAAGACUAUGCACAUUCAGUGCCCCUAUUUAGAUACGAUAAAUAGACAUGUCCUGGAUUUUGAUUUUGAAAAAUUGUGUUCGGUUUCAUUGACAAGGAUCAAUGUUUACGCUUGUCUCGUUUGCGGCAAAUAUUUCCAGGGUAGAGGCACCAACACCCAUGCCUACACUCACUCAGUUGCUGAUGGUCAUCAUGUGUUCUUAAACCUGCAUACUCUCAAGUUCUACUGUUUGCCUGAUAAUUAUGAAGUCAUUGACUCAUCAUUAAAUGACAUCAAGUAUGUGCUGAACCCAAUCUUCACUCCAGAGCAGAUCAAGCAGUUGGAUUACAACACUAAGAUGUCUCGUGCUAUAGACAGCACCAUGUACAUGCCGGGGAUUGUGGGACUUAAUAAUAUUAAGGCCAAUGAUUACUGCAAUGUUAUUCUGCAAUGUCUUUCUCAAGUACGUCCACUCCGCAACUAUUUCUUGCGCGAGGAAAACUACGCGAACGUGAAGCGUCCUCCCGGCGACUCGUCCUUCCUCCUAGUGCAAAGAUUCGGGGAGUUGCUCCGCAAGUUAUGGAACCCGCGCGCUUUUAAAGCACACGUAUCGCCCCAUGAGAUGCUGCAAGCUGUUGUCUUGUGGUCCAAGAAGAGAUUCCAAUUUAUUAAACCAAGUGACCCAAUAGACUUCAUGUCAUGGUUUCUAAAUUCCCUACAUAUGGCGCUAAAUGGAACUAAGAAACCAAACAGUUCUAUUAUUUAUAAAUCUUUUCUUGGCCACAUGAGGAUAUAUACCAGGAAGCUGCCACCAACUGAUGCAGACGACGCGGCUAAGGUGGAUCUGAGCACCGAGGAGUACAGCGAGAUGAUCACAGAGUCACCAUUCUUGUACCUUACAUGUGAUCUACCGCCCACGCCGCUGUUCACUGACGAGUUUAGAGAAAAUAUUAUACCACAGGUUAACUUAUACCAACUACUUUCUAAAUUCAACGGGCAAACAUCGAAAGAAUACAAAACCUACAAAGAGAAUUUCUUAAAAAGAUUUGAGAUAACGCAGCUGCCACCAUAUUUGAUAUUAUACAUAAAGAGAUUUACGAAAAACACUUUCUUUGUUGAGAAGAAUCCGACUGUUGUAAACUUUCCCGUCAAAAACGUUGAUUUCGGUGACAUAUUAACGCCCGAAGUGAAGGCGAAACAUAACGGCAAGACUAUUUAUGAGUUGGUCGGUAAUAUAGUGCACGACGGUACUCCAGAGAAGGGCACGUAUAGAGCACACGUCCUUCAUAAACCUACACAGCAAUGGUACGAAAUGCAGGAUCUUCACGUAACCAGUAUUUUACCUCAAAUGAUAACCCUCACUGAAGCAUACAUUCAAAUUUAUGAACUGAAACAGGAUUAGCAUAGGAUAAUAAAUACAUUUAAGUAUA